CAGCUGGGGAGGGAGUGGAAAGUUGCCCCAACAAAGUUGAGAGCCGCUUAGGAGAAAGUUCUGCGCUCUCCGAGAGCUGUGCGCCCGGAGGAGGAGCCGGGUGCGCUCUCGUCUGGGUCGGGAAACGGGAGGCUCCCGGCGGGCACCCUGGGCUAGGGACUCCGAGCGGCGGCGGGGAUGGCUGGCGGGGCGUCUGGGGAGCCCGGCCCGGGGGCGGCCGCGGGCACCGCGGUGCCCGAGACCCAGGAGCACCUCUUCAAAGUGCUGGUCAUCGGCGAGCUUGGGGUGGGCAAGACGAGCAUCAUCAAGAGAUACGUGCAUCAGCUCUUUUCUCAGCACUAUCGGGCCACCAUCGGCGUGGACUUCGCCCUCAAAGUCCUCAACUGGGAUAGCAAGACCCUGGUCCGUCUGCAGCUCUGGGAUAUUGCAGGUCAAGAACGGUUUGGCAACAUGACAAGAGUAUACUACAAAGAAGCCGUGGGCGCUUUUGUGGUCUUUGAUAUCUCAAGAGGGUCUACGUUUGAGGCAGUCCUCAAAUGGAAAAAUGAUUUGGACAGUAAGGUACAGCUUCCAAAUGGUGUCCCGAUCCCUACGGUUCUCCUAGCCAAUAAAUGUGAUCAGAACAAGGACAGUGGCCAUAGCCCUUCUCAGAUGGACCAGUUCUGCAAAGAAAAUGGCUUUACAGGAUGGUUUGAAACGUCUGCAAAGGAUAAUAUCAAUAUAGAUGAAGCAGUUCGAUUCUUGGUGGAGAAUAUUCUUGCAAACCAUAAAAAUUUUCCUAAUGAAGAUGACGUGGACAAAAUAAAGCUGGACCAGGACACUUUGAGGGCAGAGAGUAAAUCCCAGUGCUGUUAAUGUUUCCCGUACUGCUUUUUUUGGUGUAAAAUGAUGGCUGACUUUAUACCUUUCAAGACUUAAACUGAGACUGGAUUCCAGAUGAACUGCUGUAUUGGAACUUUUCCUAUGGAUGGUUCUUUGAAAUGGUGGUAUCCUUGGGUGCCUGAAUUUCUUGGUUGGAAAUGGAACUUAUAUAAAUUGUUCCAUGCCUUGGGUCUAGAACAUGUGUUCAAAGCUUGUCUUCUUUAAACAGUGUCAAAAUGUUUAUGCUUGGUUUUUUAUUCCUUUUUUUUUUUUUAAAUAAGAAGACAGUUCUUUCAUGUUUGGAAAGACUUCCAGGUUGAAUUAUUUUAUUAAGAUUACUACUACAGAAGAAAACUUUACAGCCCUGACUUUGCUAACAGUUUUUAUGUAUAGCCUUUUUUUUCUUGAAGGAUAUUCUGGUAGUUUAUUCCAUUGAUUUAGGCAUUAUAACUACCAUUAUUCACAGAAGGGGCCACUUUCCUUGUUUGACAGUGUUUGGGUUUUUUAAAUGUAUAUAUUCAAAAGUUUUGCAUUCCAUAUUAAACCUUUUUAAGGUCUA